UAAACGUGUUCUUGCCGCUUAGUCAUCUAACCAUGAGCUUCCAAGUGAUCAGGCUGUCCUAACUUACUGGAUGCCUGGGAUACCCCUCAUCCCAAACACACCUCACUUCUUUACCCUGAAGCUCAGGGUGGCCUUCUCAUUAUAUAGAUGUGAGCUUCUAUGGUGAGUGCCACCAUCUGUCCAGUCAUGCGUCUGAUUAAUACGGCGACACUGGAGCUCGAGGAGUUUAUUGACCAUACCCGCACCCCACCGUACGCCAUUCUUUCCCAUGCAUGGCAGGACGGAGAAGUUUCGUUCCAAGAAUGGAACCACCGUGAGACUAGGAUAGGAAAGAAAGGCUUUCUCAAGGUCGAAUCGUUUUGCCGGCUGACCUCGCAGGACGGAUACACCCACGCUUGGGUAGACACCAACUGCAUCGACAAGCGUAGCUCCGCCGAGUUAUCUGAAGCUAUCAACUCUAUGUUUGCCUGGUACCGAGAAGCAGCGUUUUGUUACGUUUAUAUGGCCGACGUAUCAAUCUCAGGCACGACCAUUGAUCAGCGCGACCUAGAGAUCCAGUUUCUAAACAGCAAAUGGUUUACUCGUGGUUGGACUUUGCAAGAGCUCAUUGCUCCCCGCCGCAUUCGCUUCUUCGCUCAGGAUUGGGGAUUCAUUGGAACAAAGCAAAGCAUCACAUUCUCUUCCGAGUUCAGCAUUGCCAAAGUCAUGUCUUGGGCGGCUGACCGUGUUACAACUCGCCUCGAAGAUCAAGCAUACUGUCUCCUUGGUCUCCUCAAUGUCAACAUGCCUCUUCUCUACGGAGAAGGCGGCAAGGCUUUCUUCCGGCUUCAAGAGGAAAUAAUCAGAGUCUCUGACGACCAGAGCAUCUUCGUCUGCGACAUACCCGCCCUGUCUAUGACGGCACCUUUGGCCAAUUCACCUGCGCUCUUCGCUGAUUCUCUGGACGUCGGCCGCAGGCCCCGUCCGAUAGCUCCGAUGGACACAAUGCCACAAUUGCAUACGAUGACCCACGCUGGUCUUUCGAUAUCUUUGCCAUUAAUCCAGACUUUGUCACCCCAGUUUGUUCUGGGCGUUUUGAACUGCAGAACGCUUCAGGGGUCUAUCGACAACUGUAUUUGCCUACCUUUAUCAUCUCACUUCAGCCGUUACCGGCAACAAUACACUCGAGUAUCGCUCCCUGGCCCAUGGAUAUCACUGAGUUUUUCUUCGGUUGAAUCUUUUCUUCCCUGGCAUGGAGAAAAUGCGGCUCGUGCCUGUGGCUGGCGCUCAGAUCUUACACCCGAAGAAUCAACGAACAUCAUGAUCUCCAUGCUACGUCCCCUAGAAAGGGAACACCUCUCCAUGCAUAUUUUCGAACCUGUCAAGCGAAUGGCGGGAGGGAGCGCAAGGGCUUUUUGCUUCGUAACGUUCCCGUGUGGCCUCUUCGGCCAUCGUCUUUACGCCUCAGACCCCCCUGAGACAGUGGACCAGCAGAAUAGUAUGAUGGUCAUGCUUGGCCAAGAUGUUUUUGAUGAAAAGGGCCGUGGCCUACUUGUAUUCAGAGCAAAGGGUCCCGCAUAUGAUACCGGCCGAUACACAGGUAUCUAUCUCGAAGCGGCACUGAAGAACGAUGGUGCCUUGCAAGAUUGGCCUCGAGCAUGCCGCGUGUUGCAGAAUUGGAAUCCCCAUGACGGUCUUGACGCGGCCGUUGAGCUCAACAAAAGCUUUCCACCUAGUCAAGCAAGCUGGGUUGGAAAUAUGAUGGUAAUGAUGAGGACCGUGGUACCAGUCAAACCUGCUUACACAGCAUCAAUGAAAGUCGUGUUAGUGGUGGAAAUCGUCUUCGCCACGGAUAACGUUCGAUAUCCUGGAAGAUAAGAGGGUUUUCUCACUUAUUGAUGGGAACGUCGCAGUACAGCAGAAUGCUGUGGGACUCGGGCGAGUCUGGGUGAGCUUUAAUGCCACCUUCUCGCAGAAACUGGCACCAAACCAAGGGUGAUGGAACCUGUUGAAUACAAUUGUCUAAAGUCAAGUCUCGAUGUCACAAUACAGAGGACAAAAGAAAUGGAAGAAUUCCAGUUCAAUUGAACAGAACAGACUACUUAUGCAGCGCAGCUGCUCCGGCAGCUCAGCUAACCAUUCUGUCUCCG